CAAAUUCGAACCACGGUAUAAUGAGAAUUUUCUAUGACUUGCAGGUAUGACAGUUCGUAACAGACAAGUUUGUUCUUCCAUCUUGGCGUGAUUCUUUUCGAGGAGCACAGCAUCGUGUGGAAACAUGCCAUUCCAAAGAUUUGUGGAAACCGGCCGAAUUGCCCUAGUCUCCGAUGGACCACAUAAGGGCAAACUGGUUAGCAUUGUGGACGUAGUUGAUCAAACAAGGGUUUUGGUUGAUGGACCAUGCACCAACGUCCCAAGACAAGCUAUCAGGUUGAAUCAGUUGCAUUUGACCAAAUUCAGAAUCAAGUUCCCGUUCACAGGUAAAACUGGCGUUGUACGUAAAGCCUGGACUGAAUCUAAAGUUGAUGAAAAAUGGGCUGAAUCUAUGUGGGCCAAAAAGAAUGAAGCUAAGGCAAAGAGGGCAGAAUUGACCGAUUUUGACAGGUUUAAGCUUAGGAGAGCACGUUCGUUGAGGAACAAAAUCAGGACUGCCGCUUUCUUGACACUCAGGAAGACAGCCAGCAGAAAUGGUACCCUAUAUGGUAAAAAGAAGAUGGCUAAGGGUGGAGAUAAGCCAAUCCCUAAAAAAACCCCUAAGAAAUAAUUGUCAGUUUAAAUAUAAUUUGUAAAAAUCC